UAUCUUAAUCAGCACAAAGCAUUUGCAAAAAAAGAUAAUUAUUGAUAGGAAAAAGAAAGUGAAGCAUAAAGCGAAAAAGAGGCAGAAACAAAACAAAAUCAGCUGAUGUUCUGGUAUCAGAAAUUUGUGUGCGGCCGGUGCAUUUGCUUUGGGUCGCCAAUUAUUAAAAUUAGUGAGAGCACACAAGGAAAAUUAAUUUAAAUCAAUUUAUUUUAAUCAAAACAUAAGUCUAUAAAGCGAUAAAAAAGCAAAAAUUUAAAUUUUUUGAUAAGCGCGAUAAGUGAAUAUUGUUCUCAGCAAAGUUCAGCAGAUUCGCAAAAAAUCGAUAAAUCAAAAUUAUACAACGACACUUCAAUAGUGUUUAUAUUUUUUCCAAAAACAAAAAUAAACGAAUUAAAAAUCAAUUAUGAUACGUAAAGCAAUUACAAUACCACACAAACUAUUCGCGACGGUCGCCAAGCCCGUACCCAUGAUGAAUAAUCUACUAAAAUCGCAGGCUUACAUAAAUGGCUGCUGGGUUGACGCCAUCAGCGGCGAUACGUUUGAAGUUAAAAAUCCAGCUACAGGUAAUGUCAUCGGACAUGUGCCGAACAUGAAUGCAAAGGAUGCUCAACUUGCUAUUGAUGCCGCUAAACGAACAUAUGAAUCCGAUGAAUGGCGUAACCUGACAGCCAAACAGCGUUCAAGCAUGCUUAAAAAUUGGUAUAAUUUGAUUAACGAGCAUUGUCAGGAGAUUGCUGAUAUCAUGACGGCAGAAUCUGGCAAACCGAUUACUGAAUCAAAAGGUGAAGUUGCUUAUGGAAAUUCUUUUGUUGAGUGGUUCGCUGAAGAGGCACGACGUAUAUAUGGUGAAAUAGUUCCUAGUUCAUUACCAAAUCGCGAGACAAUUAUUAUGAAGCAACCUUUGGGCGUUGCGGCACUUAUCACACCCUGGAAUUUUCCACUUGCAAUGAUAACACGUAAAGCUGGUGCCGCCAUUGCAGCAGGUUGCACUGUUGUGAUAAAACCAGCAGAAGAUACACCAUUAACCGCUCUUGCGAUCAUAGAGCUCGCAGAGAAAGCUGGCAUACCAAAAGGCGUCAUAAAUGUUGUUACAACAAAUAAGGCGGCACCUGUUGGUGAUCUCUUCUGUAAGAGUCCCGAUGUACAAGGCAUCUCUUUUACAGGCUCAACUGAAGUCGGUAAAAUGCUUUUCCGAAACUGUGCUGAUGGCAUUAAACGCAUAUCACUAGAAUUGGGUGGUAAUGCACCAUUUAUUGUUUUUAAUUCGGCUGAUGUGGAAAAGGCAGUAGAUGGCGCAAUGAUAUCUAAAUUUCGUAAUUGUGGACAAACUUGUGUGUCAUCCAAUCGUUUCUUUGUACAAGAAGGUGUUUACGAUCGCUUUGUUGAGUUAAUAAAACAACGUGUUGAAGAUUUGAAAAUUGGCGCUGGUGACGGUGAUGGUGUGCAAAUUGGUCCACUAGUUAAUAAAAUGCAAUUUAAUAAGGUAAGUGGAUUUGUGGACGAUGCACGUAAACAUAAUUCCAAAAUUAUAACUGGAGGUAAAGCGCUACCAGAACACGGUGAACUCUUCUAUGCACCAACAAUUGUCACAGAUCUAAGUCCAGCUGCAAAAAUUUACACUGAAGAAGUGUUUGGUCCAGUUGUUUCGAUUAUAAAAUUCAAAGAUGAGCAAGAAGCAAUACAGAAAGCCAAUAGUUCUCGGCGUGGUUUAGCUGGUUACUUCUAUAGUGAGAACUUACAACAAGUAUUCCGAGUAGCCAAACGACUUGAAGUAGGUAUGGUCGGUGUAAAUGAGGGUUUAAUUUCUGCAGCUGAAGCACCAUUCGGUGGUGUUAAAGAGUCCGGUAUUGGUCGUGAGGGCAGUCAUCAUGGCAUUGAUGAAUACGUGGAAAUAAAAUACAUUUGCAUGGGCAACUUGAAAUAUUAAACUAUUUGAACCUGAACAUGAGACGCUGUGGAUUAAGUAUUAAUGCAAUUUAUGAUUUUUGUUAUUAAAAAAAAUAUAUUUAAGUUUAUUAAGCAACGUUUCACAACUGCUCAGUGGAAAAAAAAGGAAAUAAUAUUUUACAAUUAACCAUUUAUUUUUGAAUGAAAUAUACAUACAUAUAUUGUCUUAUUUAUUUGCGUUUAAAUAUUGCAUAUCUGAGCACACAUUUAUUUGUAAUUUAUAUUUUGCGUAGAGGUUUUGAGGUUAAUAUUACAACUAAUUAGAAAAAUCUGAUUAAAUAAUCAGAUGUGAUGUUAUAUUUAAUAUUCUUAAAUGUUUGGGAAAAUAAUCAACCCUGAGUUUCCAAGAACCAUAACUAAUUCUUUAAAUCAGUUACUGUUGCCCGUAGAAGCUAUAUAUCAACAAGGCUGAAUCUACAAAGAGCAUAUGUGCAGGAAUAUACUUCUUAAAACAAAUAAUUUGGAAUUAACAUUUUCAAAAAUUUUUUAUUUUAGGUUAUUACCUACAAAUGACCCUAAAAUAUUCUUACAAAACUAAAAUUUUCAAAUAUCGAACUACAGUUCUAACUAUCUAUACACUUUAUAAUAAUAUAUGCUGUUGUUGUAAUCUGUGCAAUUCCUUUCUUCUUGUGGAAACCGAUUUGGCUCACUUUUCAAGUAGGUAAAUAGUAGAAUACUUGAUGGAAACAUCAACUAUUCAAGCACUUGGUCAACAUUAACAAAUAGUUCCGGAAUAAUUAUAACCACUUCUAGAACACAUGGAUUAUAUCUCUACUAUUGAUGGGUAUGUUUUCAGUACAUAAAUUUAUCAGAAUAUGCAUUUAAAUAAAUUUUAGAUCAUAAAUAAUUACAUACCUAUAUAAAA